CGACAUUUAUGCAAUAGGGAUGGCAGCAUCUCAACGUUUCUAUCACUAAACCUGGUUUACCCACAAGGUCGGUGGUCGUGGGUCCCACCCAAUGGGGCUAACUUGUUCGAAUUCAAUAGCUCUUGUGCCCCUCUCUGGAGGACAGGGUUGCAAUCGUUGGGCACCAUUGCCACGAGGUCUCUAUUGUAGUGCUACGUACUAUAGAGUUUAGGAUCUUAGGAUCUCGA